UCGUACGACACCUGCACUGUGUAUUAUCUGAUUCAUGUUUGGAGACAUUUGGCACAUAUACAGUAUCUGUAUCAAUGAGGAAUAAUGUUUUAUGGUUCACCUGAAGUUGAUUGACCAUGCACUAUCUUUAUCACAGAUAAAAGCCAAGUGACCGCUAGCCAGAUUAUCUUGGUUAGUUAUUAGUGAGGUUAGAUUGUAGAAGGUAUUUCACAUGAGUGUGUCUUAGACAGUCAGUCAGUCUGUGAUCAUUCCAAGGUGUCUGACAGAAAAUGAGAGGCCAGGGCAUAUGGAUUUACCGCCAUCUCAUUCUCAUCAUCCUCACCCCUUUGCUGCUGCUACCCAUCCCACUCAUUUACAACACCAAGGUUGCAGAAUGUGCCUUUACUCUUUUACUGAUGGGGGUCUACUGGCUCACCGAGGCUUUGCCUGUGUCCAUUACAGCCCUGAUUCCUGCAAUGCUUUUUCCUUUGUUUGGCAUAAUGAAAUCUUCACAGGUGGCAGCAGUGUUCUUUAAGGACUUCCACCUCCUCCUCACUGGAGUGAUUUGCCUCGCCACAGCCAUUGAGAAGUGGGGCCUUCAUAGGAGGAUUGCCCUGGGUCUCAUCAGCAUAGUUGGAGUUAAUCCUGGACGACUCAUGUUUGGCUCCAUGGUUGGAUGUGCCUUCCUGUCGAUGUGGCUAAGCAACACCUCAGCAGUCGCUAUGGUGAUGCCCAUUGUGGAAGCUGUGUUGAAGCAGAUUGUCACAGCUGAGGGUGAGGCCAGAGAGCUGCGUAAGCGAGCGCUAACAGGCACCUCCAACCUGGGCUUACAGCUUGACGAAAUGGACAGACAAGAUGAGAAGGCUAAAGAAAAUAUGAGUGUUGAUCCUUCUGUGGAGAAAGUUGACAUUACUAUUGAAAAAUCUAUUCCAGACAAUCAAGGUUCACCCUGUGACUCUGAGGCACAAUGUACACCAUCACAGGGAUACUACCGCACCCGACAGGACCAUCUGAUGUGUAAAGGCCUUUCUCUGUGCAUUGCCUAUUCAGCCUCAAUUGGUGGUAUGACCGCACUAACAGGGUCAUCCACCAACAUGAUCUUUGCAGAGUACAUGCAUCAAUUAUAUCCUGACUGCAACUCUAUCAACUUUGGGAACUGGUUCAUCUUCUGCUUGCCGAUUAGCUUUAUUUCUCUUUUCUUAUCCUGGAUCUGGCUACACUGGCUAUACUUGGGCUCAGAUUUCCGUUCAGUUCUGCAUUCCAAGGCAGGCAACAACGAGAGAGAGACAGCAGUGGCCAAGGUCCUGCAGGAAGAAUACAAAGCACUCGGGCCAAUAAGUCGUCAGGAGAUCAUCUCCUUAGCAAUCUUCUCCAUGAUGGUACUGCUAUGGUUCACCAGGAAGCCAGGCUUCAUGCCAGGCUGGUCAUCCCUGUUCCCAGACUAUCCUGGAUAUGCCACCGAUGCCACUGUGGCCCUUCUGAUGGGCUUACUGUUCUUCAUCAUCCCAGCUCAAGUAAGCACUGAUAACUAUGAGACCUUGAUCACAUGGAAAGACUUUCAGUCCUGUAUGCCUUGGGAAAUUUGUCUUCUUGUGGGGGGUGGUUUUGCACUGGCUGAGGGCACACAGGCAUCUGGUCUGUCAUACUGGAUGGCAAAACUGCUGGUUCCUUUGGGGGUUCUUCCUAAAAUUGCGACCAUCACUAUUGUCUGUGUCAUAGUGACCUGUGUUACUGAAGUGGCCAGCAACUCUGCCACCAUCACCAUAUUCCUGCCCAUUCUUGCACCUCUGGCUGAGAGCAUCCAUGUGAACCCCCUCUACAUGCUCAUACCAGCCACCCUGAGUGUAUCCUUCUCCUUCCUGCUUCCAUCUGCUAACCCUCCAAAUGCCAUCGUCUUCAGUUAUGGCCAUCUGACCACCUGGGAUAUGAUUAAAGCCGGCGUUGGUGUGAAUGUUAUCAGUGUUUUGGGAUUGUUGCUUGGUACCAGUACAUGGGGUAUACCAUUAUUUAACCUGGACAUUUACCCUGAUUGGGCUACCAACCACCCAAUGACUAACUCCUCUAUAAUCCCACACUGACUACGUAGUGGGACAGAGUACUGUUCCAAAAGUGAUGAAAAGGUUUUACCUUAAAAUAAUGAUGUUGUGUACUGACCACACAUGUCCACUUGCAGUAGGGGGAAUGGUGUCUCGGUCACUGCCACUGCAUGGCCGAAACGCCUGGUACUGCACUAUGUUACUUUGGUGUGCCAUGUAGGAACAUGAGUCCUUAUGUCACUUUUCAAUGCACUGGGCACCUCUUUAGCAUCAUUUUCAAACAUGCAGGGCAGUCAGAUAGACUUUAAUGCAUGGAACCCUGUUGAGAAAUGACGCUAAAGGUGCACUCAGUACAUUAACUAGAUGACUAGAUGAACUAGACAAAAUAUGACCGCCGCUCAGUCCUGUACAUCCAUUCCGCAAAAAUAAAUCAUAUUAAUGAA